AGUCCCCUCGUAAACAUGGCCUGGUUUGGGGGAAAGAGAUCUUGAGUCAGCCUUCAUAUAUUAGAUCUGGAAUUGUGCCCGGAAGCCAGUCCAGAGACAGAAGGAGCUGCACAGAAAUCUGUGAGUACCAAAAAUGGCUUCCCACCUUCUCUCUUUUUGUCAUUGCAGGGCACCAGGGAGAAGACACCCUUGAGAAUCGCUCCGCCAUCUGCUCCGUGUGGUGAAGGGAAAAGAGCAGCCAUGCAUCUAGCUAAAGGUGGGGUGUCCUUCGAAGAGGUGGCUGUGCGUUUCAGCCAGGGGGAGUGGAGCCUGCUGCGCCCGGCCCAGAGAGCCCUGUACAAGGAAGUCAUGCUGGAGAAUUUUGGGAAUGUGGCAUCUCUGGGACCCCCGAUUGCCAAACCUGACCUCAUAUCCUGGCUGGAGGAAGAGGAAGGGCUGUUUCUCCCGUUCUCUGAUGAAGAGGAGGGAUUGGCAGGAGGUGACUGGGAGUCAGCAAACAAAACAAAAGAACCUGCAGUAAUAGAAAAGGAAGAUACCGAUCUGCAAAGGAUAGAGAACACUGAAUAUCGUAACGCACCAAGGAAGGAAGAGGGAAAAUACUCACCAAGGAAUACUUCCGGCCCUUUACAAGGUGAUAUCUCUCAUAAAGUUCCAGUGCUUCAAAAAAUAUACAAAGGAAGCAAGUGGACUGAGAGCGCAGCAAAUGAGGGGGGAAAUCCUGAAAAAUCAGACAUUGAUAUUUAUUGGAACUCGGUUACCAGCACAGAAGUAAUAGAAGGGCAGGAGUGUGGAAAAACUUUUGAUCACACAAACAAGCUGAAUUGCCACCAAAGAAUUCACAAAAGGGAGAAUCGAAAUAAAUGCUUGGAGUGUGGGAAAAGCUUCAGUCAGAGUGCAUAUCUUAAUUCCCAUCAAAAAAUUCACACAGGGGAGAAAUCAUACAAGUGCCAAUACUGUGGGGAAAGCUUCAGAGACAGUGCAUCCCUUGCUGUUCAUCAAAUAAUUCACACAGAGGAGAAACCUUCUAAAUGCCGGGAGUGUGGAAAGAGCUUCAAUGAUAGUGCACAACUCACUAUCCAUGAAAGAAUUCACACCGGGGAGAAACCAUACAAAUGCCUGGAGUGUGGAAAAAGUAUCUGUCAGAGUACACACCUUACUCGCCAUCAAAGAGUUCACUCAGACGAGAAACCGUAUAAAUGCCUGGAGUGUGGUAAAAGAUUCACUCAGUGUGCCAGCCUUUCUUCUCACCAAAAUAUGCACACAGGUGAGAAACCAUAUACAUGCCUGGAGUGUGGAAAGAGCUUCAGGAGCAGAGGAUCCUUUGCUGGUCAUCAAAGAAUUCACACAGGGAAGAAACCAUAUGAAUGCCUGGAGUGUGGGAAAAGUUUCAGUCAGAUUGGACACCUUAAUUCCCAUAAAAGAACUCACACAGGGGAGAAACCAUACAAAUGCCUGGAGUGUGGAAAAAGCUUCAAACGGAGUGGAGACCUUGCUGCUCAUCAAAGGAUUCACACAGGGAAGAAACCAUAUGAAUGCCUGGAGUGUGGGAAAAGUUUCAGUCAGAUUGGACACCUUAAUUCCCAUAAAAGAACUCACACAGGGGAGAAACCAUACAAAUGCCUGGAGUGUGGAAAAAGCUUCAGACAGAAUGGAGGCCUUGCUGCUCAUCAAAGGAUUCACACAGGGGAGAAACCAUACAAAUGUCUGGAAUGUGGAAAGAGUUUCAGACAGAGUGGAGAUCUUGCUGUUCAUCAAAGAAUUCACACAGGGGAGAAACCAUACAAAUGUCUGGAGUGUAGAAAGAGCUUCAAGGACAGUAAAUCUCUUGCUGUUCAUCAAAGAAUUCACACAGGGGAGAAACCAUACAAAUGUCUGGAGUGUGGAAAGAGCUUCAGGAUCAGUGGAUCCCUUGCUAUUCAUCAAAGAAUUCACACAGGGGAAAAAUCAUACAAAUGCCUGGAGUGUGGAAAAAGCUUCAGACAUAGUGGAAAUCUCAAUUCUCAUCAAAGAAUCCAUAAAGGGAAGAAACCAUACAAAUGCCUGGAGUGUGGGAAAAGCUUCAGACAGAAUGGAGACCUUAAUUCCCAUAAAAGAACUCACACAGGGGAGAAACCUUAUAAAUGCGUAGACUGUGGAAAGAACUUCAGGAACAGUGGAUCUCUUUUAAUUCAUAAAAGAAUUCACACAGAGAUAAAACCAUACAAAUGCCUGGAGUGUGGGAAAAGUUUCCUUCGGAAGUCAUACCUUACUGUUCAUGAAAGAAUUCACACAGGGGAGAAACCAUACAAAUGCCUGGAGUGUGAGAAAAGCUUCAGUCAGAGACCAGCCCUUACUUGCCAUCAAAGAAUUCACUCAGGGGAGAAACCUUAUAAAUGCCAGGAGUGUGGAAAAAGCUUCCGUUGCAAUGGUGAGCUUGCUGUUCAUCAAAGAAUUCACUCAGGGGAGAAACCUUAUAAAUGCCUGGAGUGUGGAAAAAGCUUCCGUUGCAGUGGAGAGCUUUCUGUUCAUCAAAGAAUUCACUCAGGGGAGAAACCUUAUAAAUGCCUGGAGUGUGAGAAAACCUUCAGUCGGAUUGGAAACCUAAUUGGUCAUCAAAGAACUCACACAAAGGUAAAACCAUACAAAUGCCUGGAGUGUGAGAAAAGCUUCAGUCAGAGACAAAACCUUUUAUGCCAUCAAAGAAUUCACUCAGGGGAGAAACCUUAUAAAUGCCAGAAGUGUGGAAAAAGCUUCCGUUCCAGUGGAGAGCUUGCUGUUCAUCAAAGAAUUCACUCAGGGGAGAAACCUUAUAAAUGCCUGGAGUGCGGAAAAAGCUUCCGUUCCAGUGGAGAGCUUGCUGUUCAUCAAAGAAUUCACUCAGGGGAGAAACCUUAUAAAUGCCUGGAGUGUGGAAAAAGCUUCCGUUGCAGUGGACAGCUUUCUGUUCAUCGAAGAAUUCACUCAGGGGAGAAACCUUAUAAAUGCCUGGAGUGUGAGAAAAGCUUCAGUCAGCUUGGAAACCUAAUUGGUCAUCAAAGAAUUCACACAGGGGUCAAACCGUCUAAAUGCUAGGAGUGUGGAAAGAGCUUCAGUUAUAGACAAGCCCUUACUAACCAUCAAAGAAGUCACACAUGAGAGAAACCAUACAAAUGCCUUGAAUGUGGGAAAAACUUCAUUCACAUCCUUAUUUCCCAUCAAAGCGUCCACCAAACCUUAUAAAAUAAUAGAAUAUAGAAAAAGCUUCAA